AAAGGGAAGAUGGUAAUGGCUUCUCACCAUGUACAGCUGAGAAGACAGAUGUCACAGGCGAGCAGUGAUUCUACGUCCCCUCGCAUGUGCAGGAGACGUCCCAACACUUGCUGUUUCUGCUGGUGCUGCUGCUGUUCCUGCCUAACCGUCAGGAACAAGGAUAAACAUGAUUGCAGCAGAAGAGCUUCCAUCAUUUCCCAGAUGGAAAGUCUUCAGAAACAUGAGGAAAGCCGGAGUCUGAGCCUGGAAGAAGUCACCGCCUGGUCCCAGUCCUUUGAACAGCUUCUGAAGAAUCCAACUGGAAGGGGCAUUUUAAUGGAAUUCUUACAGAGUGAACACAGCGAUGAAAACAUUCUCUUCUGGCUCGCUUGUGAGGAACUUAAGCAGGAAGAUCACAAAGCCACCAUUGCGGAAAUGGCAAAAUCAAUAUACCUGGACUAUAUCUCGAUACUGUCUCCGAAGGAGGUCAGCAUCGAUGCAAGUGUGCGAGAGACAAUCAACAAGAACAUGGCAAUGCCAACAGCGGACAUGUUUGAUGAAGCGCAAGUGCAGAUAUAUGCACUGAUGCACAGGGACUCCUACCCAAGGUUCUUGAAUUCACCAAUGUACAAAUCCCUUCUGCAAAACAUAACUGCCUCAGGCAAUGCCCUGGACUGUGACGAUCACUCCAGCACUGUGCCCAACACCAAAAACCAAGGUGAUACAAAGGACUUCCCAACAAAAGACUAUGAAGAAUUAAACUCUCAGGCCUCCUGUGGGGAUCCUUCUCACACUUCUUGAAGCAAAAUGGGGCCAUCAUCUUCUCACUAAAAUGACCACCACUUGCCUUACUGAUAUAAUAUAGACAAGCAUUGUGUUGUGUCCCGUGAUGUAUAAGAAACCUUCCAUAGUUGAUAGGUCUACAAAGAUCUGGAAAGUAAAGAGAUUGAAGGCUUCAAAAACUCACUUAAUCCCUUCAAAUUUCAACAAGGAUGUUGGCAUACCCACAAUGUGUAGGUCCAAUCCAAGAUAAGCAAAGUUGAGUCUUGUUGAAGGAUACUGCCCUAGAUGAUGACCCAUCUUCCGCUUUCAAACAGCCCUUCACUGGUUGUGCAGUUGGAUGUUUUAAUUUCAGGUUUCCAGCUUCACUUUUCAUCUCACUGGCCUUCUAAUGUCUUGCAAAGCUUCCUUAAUAUUUAUGAAUGGACAAUUUAAUAUUUCUGGUGGUUAAGUGGUUAAAAUCAUUGUCUUAAUAAACCCAUUUUGUAGAAUUGA